UCGAUGACCAGUUUAUAUCCACCUCGACUGCUGCCACCCAAAGGCUGUGUGCAAACUCUCCCCUUCGAAAACUCUGAUAUUAGCUUUUGGGUUUGGUGCAGUGAGCAGGGCCACUGUUGAAGCGUAUCUUGUGGUUUUUUUUCUUUGACUCAAAGCAAAUUACUAUUAAAACCCCUUUACCAGCGGUUUGCUCCUGGUUUUCUUUGCUUUCUCUUCCUCCCACAAGUUGGUAUUUUGUUCUCGCCCUUUGUUUGUUCGUCGACAUGAGAAGCACUGCCACAACACCUUCUAUCAGCGACGACUGGUCAGACAUUGAUGCUGACAACGAUGAUAGCUAUUCCAUGGUUGAAGCCCCCUCCGACUCGGGCUUCAACUCUGGUGCUGGCACCGGCCUGGCACCGGCAACCACAAGGGUACCUACACCCACCAACCUACCUGCCCAAGGCCCUUUCAAUGGCUCUCACAUCACUGCCGGCCCUGGCACCGGCCCUGAUACCGAAGAGAUAUCGACAGUCCCUUACGCAGAAGAGGCUGAUGAUGCUCAGUUUCUCUCCGAGACAGUGACGGGCGACACCAUCGAAGCCUCCUCAGAGGCACAUGGGGAGGACGCUUCGGCAUCUGAGUCCGAGGAGGAGGAGGAGGAGGAUCGGGCGCAGCUUCUGUCGUACCCUUUCCACGGGGACAAGGCAAGAGGUAUAUCUUCACAACUUCUGGACUGCAGGCAGGCCAUGUUACAAAUUAGGGACCACCCGGCCGUGCACAGCAGGGUUCAUGGUGUAAUCUUGGAUGCCUUGAACCACGUCCUUGAGUCUACGUGCGGCCCUGGACCGCACUUGAACAAAUUCAUUGUGGGAUCACAUGAUUACCAUGCGUUCCUGGUUCGUGACACCUCGGGAUAUUCGAUUGAACACAGCCCAUGUUUGCACGAACCAAUCGUGGCCGCAUGCCUGGAAUUGAGAAACAAGUUGGAUGGACCAGAUGGUCCUCAGGACAUCGUUGGAGCAGUUGGAUCGCUGGGGGAAUUGUUGAUGACAUGGACAAAAAAUUUGUCGCACGUUAGCGAAGCACCGAUUCGGAGCGUCUACCUCUGGGCCACUUUGAUGGACCUGCGACCCGCCAUCUACACCACGGCCAGGCACCUUCUGGCCAUCCGUGAGACCAUCAACACAAGCUUGGCGGGAAUGGAAGGCGGCGCCCCCGAGAUCUGCUUGAAUGGUAUGCGCAACAUCAAUCAUUUCUGCAUCUUUGGCAUCUCGUCCUGCGAUCGUCUCCUCAAGGCGAUCGCCAGGCGACUAAUGCCGGGUAAGCAUUGGUGGCGGUCGGAAGGGCAGUCGAGAGGGCUGAGGAGGAGCAUGAGCGAGAAGGAAGCAGUUGAAUUCAGCCAGUACUACGCGGGUCUGGACAUUACAAAGCUGGCCCAUUUUCGGACCGAUAUCAAGCUUCUCGAGACCAAGCUUGAUCGUUCAACCAGGUACACGGCUGCUGGGGCAGAGUGGCGAGACGACGUUGUGUGCAAUGAGCAGGUGGGAGAAGACAACUGGGCACGGCCAGCAAGCCUCUGGCUGGCUCUCUUCCAGGAGAACACCUGGGCACGGCAAGCAAGCCCGUGGCUGGCUCUCUCCCAGGAGAGAGAGAAGAAGGCAUGGCGGAGCUUCUACCUGAACUUGGCUGCGACGGUGGAUCUGGGAGAGCUUACUAGGGCCUUCAGUGCGAUUCCAGGACUGACCAGCUACCUGGAAGCAUACCGACGUAGUGUCUGA